ACACUAAUUGUGACCAUUCCAAGUGGAACUCGCUAUUAACAAAUCUUUUUUUUUUUUGUGGCGAAUAACUUUUAAUGACUAACGUAUAAGGUGAGGGAAACAAUUGCACAAACUAGUUCAAAGUGUUAAUUUAGUGACGAGAAAUCAGCGUUAAACAACAAGUUGGACACUUUUAUUUGAAUGUCGUGCAACUGUGAUUUACCCGAUUGCAAGCAACGCCAACGUCAGCAAAAACUUUGGUAUCAACUUUGAAGUGUGCAAAUUAAGUUUAUAGACGCUACAUAAUACUAGUUAAUUAUGGCCAGUCCCAGGACACGUCGAGUGCUGCAAGAACUAAAGCCACAAGAUGAUAAUUCGAAAUGUUUCGAGUGUGGCACCCACAAUCCCCAAUGGGUAUCGGUUACCUAUGGCAUCUGGAUAUGUCUGGAAUGCUCAGGCAAGCAUCGCAGUCUGGGCGUUCAUCUCUCGUUUGUGCGCUCCGUGACCAUGGAUAAAUGGAAGGACAUUGAGCUGGAGAAGAUGAAGGCGGGUGGGAAUCGCAAUGCACGUGAAUUUCUAGAGGAUCAGCCAGAUUGGAAUGAACGUGCGCCCAUCACACAACGUUAUAAUUCCAAAGCAGCCGCUUUAUAUCGUGAUAAGAUAUCGACGCUGGCCCAGGGCAAAACCUGGACUCAAAAGGAUGCCGAAUCACGUUUGAGCAACAGCAAUUCCUAUAGUUCCAAUAGUUAUGGCAGCAACUCUGCAACAGGCGGCGGCAGUUCGCAGCCCCGCGAGAAUGCAACAGGUUACGGGGGAUCCACCGGCGGCGGAGGCUAUCAGAAUGGUGGAGGCGCCUACAAUGAGACUGCUGGCUAUCAGCAAUUCCAGACACAGGAGUUCAAGGACCAGAAGGAGGAGUUCUUCAGUCGUCGCCAAGUGGAGAACGCCUCGCGACCCGCAAACUUGCCACCAAAUCAGGGCGGUAAAUAUGCUGGAUUUGGUUUCACACGCGAACCGCCACCGAAAACACAAUCUCAAGAGUUGAUCGACUCCACGCUGACCACUCUGGCAUCCGGCUGGAGUCUGUUCUCAUCAAAUGCUUCCAAGUUGGCUAACACUGCCAAAGAGAAAGCCGUUACCACGGUUAAUUUGGCUUCAACUAAGAUUAAAGAUGGAACUCUGCUAGAAUCCGUUCAGAGUGGUGUUACAGAAGCGGCCUCCAAGGUCUCGGAUAUUGGCAAACGUGGCUGGAAUAACUUGUCGGGCAGCAAUACAGCGACAUCCCAGAGCGGUUACAGCGAUCCUAGCAUGGAGGACAAUGCCUAUCAGCGUUCGCAUUCGGUGGGCGGCAACUUGGCUGGCGGCCUGGGCCAACAGAGCGGCGUUAGCGAUAGUGAUUGGGGUGGCUGGCAGGACAAUGCUAACAAUAAGACACACCUGACCAGCUCUAGCUCAUACCAGAACCAACUGAGCAGCAAUGCUAUCGGCGGUACAACAAGUGCAUCCGGGCUAACCCAGGACGAUGAUUGGUCCGGCUUCGAUGCGGCGAGUUAUCAGAAUGCGGAGACAUCGUAUCAGAAUACGCCGUCGGGUGGUCAGAGUGUCCGGAGGAACAUGAAAUUACAGGAGACAUCGCAGAAGCUGAGUGAAGGAUUCGACAAUCUCGAUGUGAAAAAUGUGAAACCCGCCGCAACUGCGCCUAGUGGCAAAGCCAGCGCCGAGGAUGAUGCAUGGGAUCUGUUAAUGAACUAACAACAACAACAACAAAGCAUACAACAAAUGUGUAUUUUGACGGUUAACUUGAUUUGUUUUGCAUUAUGUUUUUGUUAUUGUCACUUUGUUAAAGAAAAAACUACAAUUUAUUCGUAUUUCGCAUUUAAUGUAAUUAACGGAUAUUAUGUUCAAAUCUAUAUAUGUAUGUACCGAAUUUUCAACGAACGAACAUUCUCUUUUUCCAUAUAAUUUUAACAGGUUAGACCAAUUUUAAAUAAAAAUGAUACAAAACAAAUUAUUAAACA